CGUUGAGUCAUCAUUGCCAUAAUUAUUUGUCUACAGCAUUUCGAGGCGGCGACUUCCCUUAUUUCUCUACUCUCUAUUCUUAGUCCAACCUUCGACCUUCGCUUCUACAGCGAAUUCAUUAAUCAUGUGGCCACACCUAAACCACACAUGAGCAUUUCGCCUCCCUAAAACUACCAGACAGCUCAUCCUUAUUCCUGACCAUCCUCCUCCCAAACCGACACCAUGGGAGUAAACGGCCUCUGGACCGUAGUCCAACCCUGCGCGCGCCCAACCAACCUCGCGACCCUAAACCGCAAGCGACUCGCCGUCGACGCAUCGAUCUGGAUCUACCAAUUCCUCAAAGCAGUACGCGACAAAGAAGGCAACGCGCUGCGCAACUCGCAUGUCGUGGGUUUCUUCCGGCGCAUAUGCAAGUUGUUAUGGUUUGGCAUCCGACCUGUGUUUGUGUUCGAUGGGGGCGCACCUGCGUUGAAGCGUCAGACGAUUACGGGCAGGAAGAGGAGACGUGAGGGUAGGAGGGAGGAUGCUGUGCGUACAGCGGGGAAGUUGUUGGCGGUGCAGAUGCAACGUAUCGCUGAAGAGGAUGGGGAGAAGCGCAGACGGAAGACGGAGCGUGAGGAGGAAGGGAGACGGGAGAUUGAUGAACCGGUUGAGGAGAUUCCGGAUGUGAGUAAACUGGUUUAUGUCGAUGAGCUGGGCAUGAACCAAGCCGAACGGCAGAAGAGUCGGAAGUUUUACAAACAAGAUGCGUAUCACCUUCCCGACUUAGAUGGCAGCAUUGAAGGCAUGGGCCGGCCGGAAGAUCCGCGUAUCAUGAGUAUUGAGGAGUUGGAAGAAUACGCGAGACAGUUCGAUAGAGGCGAAGAUAUCAAUGUUUACGAUUUCAGCAAGAUCGACUUCGAGGGCGAGUUCUUCAAAAGUCUACCGGCUGUGGAUAGAUACAACAUUCUGAAUGCGGCGAGAAUACGAAGUCGAUUGAGAAUGGGUUUAAGCAAAGACCAGUUGGAUGGCAUGUUUCCUGACAGGAUGGCGUUCUCGCGUUUCCAGAUCGAAAGAGUACGCGAGAGAAACCAUCUUACACAAAGACUCAUGCAAGAAGCUGGCAUGGCUGGAACAGAUCUUACGCUGGCGAAGAAUGCUCGUAUAGCUGGUGAGAAGGAUCGCGAGUAUAUCUUGGUCAAAAAUGAGGGAGCUGAAGGUGGUUACGCCCUUGGUGUUGUGAGCAGAGAGAAAGACCGCGGCGAAAUCCACAAACCUAUUGAUGUGGACGCAUUGGAUUUCCAGUAUCAAGCCAAAGAAGAGGAUGAAGAAUGGGAAGACGACGAUGACUUUGAGGACGUACCUAUUGAAGGGUUGAAUAGGUUACCAAAAGUCCCUGAAGCGGCUCGAGCUGCCUACGACGCUGCGGUACGAAAGCAACAACUUCACGAUGCUGGGUUGCAAAGUGAUGAAGACUUGUUUGGUGCCAAUGAAGAUGAGGAAUCUCUAUUUGUUGGAGGUAAUAACGGUGAUGAAAACCUUUUAAAUGAUGAAGAGGAAGAUCUCAACCGAGCCAUCGCCUUAUCGCUUAAGAAUCAACAUGGGGUAGCCUCGGGAGAAGAAGAGGAUGAAGACGAAAACCAAGUAUUUGAAGACGUCCCCGUUCCCGAGUGGACUCAAAAAGCCGUCGAGCAGUCAAAACCAAUUGCAUUUUCAAGUGGCAACAUGAUUGCACAUAUUGUGAAUAAUAGAGCCAAUGCAUCUGUACCAAAACCCACGAUUCAGCGACGGGACAGUAAUGAUAGCAGCGACAGCGAGGUUGACUUACGGGCUGCUCUAGCUUCAAAAAGAAAGAAGAAAGCUAAGGCACCGACAUUCCAACGGAAAGUUGCUCCCAUUGUCUCGAAUGUGAAGAAUCCAUUUGAUGGACCUUUACCGUUUGAGAAAUUAGAUUUAAAGUCUAGUAUUUUCGCAAAUAUAGAAAAGAAGCCCCCUGCCAAAGCUCCCGAGAAUGGAGCUGGUGAAGAGCGAGAUCCCGAUGAGGAAUUUGCUGGUGGAUUCAUAAGAGAGGAUGAAGAAAAUGAUGUACAAGACACACAAGUGCAAGAAAGUCCAGAAAAGCCCCGACCAUUACCACCGUGGAUGAUGCAGGAUGAGACGGACAUUCGAGAGUCAUUAAAAGCCCAACGGGCAAUUGAGAAUGAAAUCAACGAGCAGGACCGAGAAGCAGCACUUGAAGAGGAAAGACAGCGGCGUAAGGACGCGAUCAUUGAGAUUGAGUCUUCCGACGAUGAAAGUGAUGUGGAAAUUAUCGAGGCUCCUCCAGUACCUCGUCAGAAAAGUCCUACAGCUGUGGAAGAGACUCGAAGUACACCACGAUUAUCUCCCGCUACUUUAACUAGAGUCAAUCCUCCUAUUGCUGACGAGGAAGAUCAAAUUGAGGAUACGCGGCGAGCAGACUUUGUACAGGAAAAGACUACUUCUCAAGUGGAGGCGAUGGAUGACGCGGUUUCCAAUCCAAAAUCACCAUCUAAAUCAUCCUCACCCGAACCAGUGUUUGAAGAAGUUGAGAUUCCACAGCCUCCAGGUGAGCCUACCAUUGAUAACACUGACGCGCGAGCCGAAUCUCCAGAACCAACAUUUGAAGAUGUUGGUGUACCAGGACCGGAUACUAUUGAACAGCCCGAGGCAAUAGAAGCCGCAGCCGAAGAUGUCAAUGACGUGCUCUUUGGCGAUGCCGAGUUCGAUGACGGCGAAUUCAGUGAUCCCGAGGAAGAAGAACUUCUCGCCCAAAUGGCCGAAGAAGCUGAAGAGCACGCGCGUUUUGCUAGCCAAUUGAAUAAUAAGUCGGAGAAGGAAAAUCAAGAGGCUUAUGAGCGAGAACUCAAAGCACUGCGAACGCAACAGAAAAAGGACCGCAGAGAUGCGGAUGAAGUCACACAAAUCAUGAUUACCGAAUGUCAAGCUCUAUUGCGAUUCUUCGGUAUUCCUUACAUCACCGCGCCCAUGGAAGCUGAAGCUCAAUGCGCUGAACUAGUGAAACUUGGUCUCGUUGACGGCAUAGUGACAGACGACUCGGAUACCUUCCUCUUCGGCGGUACGCGGGUGUACAAGAACAUGUUUAAUAGUAACAAAUUUGUCGAAUGUUACCUAGGAUCCGAUCUUGAGAAGGAACUUUCACUUUCUCGAGAGCAGCUUAUCUCACUAGCCCAGUUACUAGGCUCUGAUUAUACAGAAGGUCUUCCUGGAGUUGGACCCGUAACCGCCGUUGAAAUACUUUCCGAGUUCCCCGGUAGAGACGGGCUUACGAAGUUUCGAGACUGGUGGCAGGAUGUCCAGACCCAUAACCGACCAAAAGAGGCAGACCAGUCUUCUACGUUUCGGAGGAAGUUUCGCAAGUCUCAAGGCACGAAGCUAUUUCUUCCUACGAUGUUCCCGAGUCCAGCUGUAUAUGAUGCUUACCUGCAUCCGGAAGUCGAUAGCAAUCCGGAGCAGUUCCAGUGGGGUGUACCGGAUGUGGCUGGUCUUAGACAAUUCCUCAUGAGCACAAUUGGAUGGAGUGAGGAUAGGACGGAUGAGGUUCUUGUCCCUGUGAUACGGGAUAUGAAUCGUCGCGAAGCCGAGGGUACACAGAGCAAUAUCACCCGGUUCUUUGAGGGCGGCGUCGGCACCGGAGCGAAGGAAGCUUUCGCGCCGCGCCAGAGGGCUCAGGGCAGUAAGCGCAUGGCCAAUGCUGUCAAUAAGCUACGCGCGAAUGCAGUAGUCGACGGUAUCACCACCAUUACUGAAGACGCAGUGAGCCCUGCAGAGGACGAGGAUCUUGCGCCACCGCCCCAACAAACCGGACGGCGGAAGAGGAAAGCUACAAAUACGGUUACGAUUGAUGAUGAUGACGAUGAUGAGGAUUAUGCAGAUGGCGCUGAACGGGAUGGAAAUGUAAAUGGUAAAGGAAAUGGCGUUCAGAAGGCUACGGGCAAGCAAAAGGGGAAAACUGGGAAAAGAGGAAAGAGGGCUAAGGCGUCUUCGUAAAGCUAGGAUACAUGCUUUGAUAUAUAAAUCACUUUGCAUGUAUAUGUGCUAUUCACUAGGUAUGCGAAUUUAUAUGCCUACGAUGGAUUUAUAGUGUAUAAUAUAUAUAUGCCAUAUCCUCCUCCAGUGUGAAAUUCCCUCAAUAUGUUCUAAUGACGAUGUAUAAAUACCGCAGGCAUCUUAGCGGCCUAAUGUACUUGCCAACCCACCGAUUCGCACAAAAAGAUAAAAAUGUGAUGCAAAUAUGCAUUAUAAGAACAAGAAAAUAUAGACCAAAUUCUUUCAAAAGGCAAAAGAUUGAUCGACGCAGGGAUCGAACCUGCGACCUACCGCGCUCACAUAUAUACCAUCGCAAACGGCGCUAAUGCGUUGCUGCUUAGUAUUAGUGUAAGGCGGGUGUGAUAACCACUACACCAGUCGACCACUUGCCACUCGGAUUUGUG